UAGUUAAGAGAAUAGAAGGUUUUAGGACGGGCCUUGGGUUGAGUGUCAUCAUAUGAUCGUCUGCCUCAGGUCGCCCAGUGGCUGCUGUGUUUCUCUCCCUCUCCGGUCCACUUUAACGCCCUCAAAAUGGCUCUCAGCGAUGCCGACGUGCAGAAACAAAUCAACCAGAUGAUGUCCUUCAUCGAACAGGAGGCAAAUGAAAAAGCAGAAGAGAUAGACGCGAGGGCGGAGGAGGAGUUCACCAUUGAGAAGGGUCGCCUCGUGCAGCAGAACAGGCUCAAGAUCAUCGAGUACUAUGAGAGAAAGGAGAAGCAAGUGGAGCUGCAGAAGAAGAUUGGUGCCAGUAACCUCCUGAACAAGUCUCGGCUGGAGGUGCUGAAGGCGCAGGAGAACCACAUCCGCAACGUCCUGCACGAGGCUCAGAGCAAGCUGGUGGUGCUGACCCAUGACCCUGAAGCCUACAUACAACUCCUGCAGGACCUCCUCACUCAGGGCCUCUGCCAGCUCCUGGAGAACAGCCUGAUGGUGCGUUGCCGAAGACAGGAUCAGUCCCUGGUGGAGCAGGCCAUCCCCAGAGCCCUGGCCGCCUACAAGGCCAUCUCCGGCCGCACCAGCAAACUGGAGAUCGACAGCAACAGCUACCUUCCCUCUGAAAUUUGCGGCGGCCUUGAGUUGGUGGUGAUGCCUGGUAACCGCAUCAAGAUCUCUAACACCCUGGAGGCUCGUCUGGACAUGUUGGCCCAGCAGAUGCUUCCCGAGGUGCGCACGAUGCUCUUCGGUGCCAACCCCAACAGGAAGUUCGACAAUUAAGGGGCGGGAACUUCACCCCACGUCUGAUUCAUCUCUGUAAAUGUUGUGUCGAGGUCUCUGUGUCUGCGUCUGUCUCUAUCACACUUUCUAGCAACUCUGUGUCUCUCCAUGUCUCUUUAUCUCAGCCUUAUUUUAUUCUCCACUUCAUCUCUCUAAAUUUGUGUUGAGGUCUCUGUGUCUCUGUCUGCCUCUAUCUAUCUUUCUAGCAACUGUAUCUCUGUAUAUUUGUGCCUUUCUCUCUUCUUUCUCCAUUCUUUUAUACUUAUCUGAUUUUCUGCCUCAGUCCCACCUUAUUUCUUCCUUUCUGGCAGCUCAACAACCUCUAAACUUGUCUUAGUCUUUCUUUAUACUUGUCUAUGCCUACCAAUGCCUCUAAUACCUCUGUCUUGUUCUCUUGUUUCUUCUGCCUUUGUUGAUUCUCUCACUCGCUCUUCUUUUUCUAAUUUCACUUUUUUUGUUUUUAUUCCCACAAUCUCUUCCCCUACCUUUCGACCUUUCUCUUUCUCUCUUGUAGUGUCGGCCCCAAGCACAAAAACUAACUCAGUAGGUCUUAUUAUUAUUAUUAUUAUCAUUCUUGUCAUCUCACUUUGGAGAGGAGCCUUCGUGUCUUCCCCAUAUACAUGCAAACGAGCAAGUCACACCAUUCAGCAGUAUUGUGACCGAGUAAUAGUAAUAAUAGUCGUAGUGUCAUAGUAACAGGCCAGUGUGCAUGGUAGUAAUGACAAUGGUGUAAAAAGAGCCGUUAUGUUAGUCGUUUGCUGGAGUCUAUAAAUUGCAAAGUCCGAUGAUGAUGCUGUUGUUAUUUUACGAGUUUUUAUUCUUUACGAGAAAUGUUAAAGAUGUUAGUGAAGAUGAUUAGCAAUGUUGGUGGUUGAUAAUAAGGAACAAAAGGAAACUGACAUGAGAUUGUGGCCAUUUCCAACUUUUUUUUCAUGCACACACACUCACACAUACACAUACAUGCACGUUCACACACAUACACGCACACACCAUUCCAGAUCCCCAAGAGGUUGUGUUAAACAGCCAGCCGUUCUUUCAAUGUCCUGUGUAUCUCUUUUUAUCUGUAUGUAUGUGUGUGUCUGUGUGUGUCCGGCUGGCUGACUGGGGUAAAUAAAAACAUUCCAUGCACACACACACACACAUACAGACACAUACACACACACACUAACACAUGGAGAUCGGUUGUGUAUAUAGAGAGUCAUUCCUUCCCCUCCCCAGCUGUAGGUAUAAUUAGGGAAGCACAUGACCUCACCUGAACCUAACUUGACCUCACCUUAGCUCUUGAAAAUGAACAAAGUACUUAAUACGGAACUUCUCUAAUGAUGAUUAUGAUGGAAAUUGUGUGAUUGUAUUUUUAUUUAUUUAUGUUUUCUGGAGGGUCGUGAUGCUUCCCUAAAACAGAUUCCACUGCCUCAUCCUCCUCCUCUCGUCCCAUCUCGGUGUUUUUGGUGUUGUUGGUGACUCGUCUUGUGGCAAUGAGUCUUAAAAAAUAUAAUAAAGGGUCAUGUACAUAUAC